UUUAAAAUCAGAUCAGAUAUCGAAUUAGAAAUUAGUGUACAAAAAAAUCACAAAUUGAAUUAUUAUUAUUAUUAUUAUUAUUAUUAUGGGAAAAUUUAAAAAAAAUUGCUGUACAUACCAUUUCUACAAAUUAUUACAAUAAUCUCUUGCCAUACACGUAGGUACAAGUUGGGAUAUAAAAUGUUCAGAGGCCUAUAAAUAGAGUUCCUUGUGAGCCAUUCAAACAACAAGAAUCAAAAUGGAGGAGAUGGAAAAGGGGAGCGUACAUGCCAAAAGGCAAAAGGGUGGAUUGAUCACAAUGCCCUUCAUAUUAGUAAAUGAGGCCGCUGAGAAGCUAGCAGUGGUGGGUUUUAAUACAAAUAUGAUUAGCUACUUAACUACUCAGAUUCAUAUGCCAUUAACCAAAGCUGCUAAUACACUCACCAACUUUGGUGGCACUUCAAGCUUGACUCCUCUGCUCGGUGCCUUCCUCGCCGAUUCCUACGCCGGCCGCUUCUGGACUAUAACUCUUGCUUCCAUAAUAUACCAAAUGGGCAUGACAAGCUUAACACUAUCUGCCAUCCUACCAAGUUUAAGGCCACCCCCAUGUGAAGGUGACAAAUGUCAAGAGGCAAACAAUGGACAACUAGCGAUCCUGUACGUAUCACUUCUUUUAGGAGCAUUAGGAUCCGGGGGGAUCCGACCAUGCGUGGUAGCAUUCGGGGCGGAUCAGUUCGACGAAACGGAUCCAAAGCAAACAACAAAGACAUGGAGAUACUUCAAUUGGUAUUAUUUUGUGAUGGGGGUGUCAAUAUUGGUGGCAGUGACAGUAAUUGUUUAUAUACAAGACAAUAUUGGAUGGGGAUGGGGCCUUGGAAUACCAGCAAUUGCAAUGUUUCUAUCAAUAAUUGUAUUUCUAGGUGGAUAUCCACUUUACAGGAACUUGGAUCCAGCUGGUAGUCCAUUUACCCGAUUAUUACAAGUGUCGGUGGCUGCAUUCAAGAAGAGGAAGCUGUCUAUGGUUUCGGAUCCUAAGUUAUUGUACCGGAACCAUGAACUUGAUGCUCCCAUUUCCAUUGGUGGAAGGCUUCUUCACACUAAACAAAUAAGGUUUCUUGACAAGGCAGCAAUUGUGACCGAAGAGGACAACCUGAAACCAGGUCAAGCACCCAAUCUAUGGAGGCUAAACACAGUACACAGAGUAGAAGAACUCAAAUCCAUAAUAAGAAUGGGACCCAUAUGGGCAUCAGGAAUUCUUCUAAUAACAGCUUAUGCUCAACAAAGCACAUUUUCUUUACAACAAGCGAAGACAAUGGACAGACAUCUUUCAAAAUCCUUUCAAAUCCCAGCUGGUUCAAUGUCCGUCUUCACUAUCACGUCAAUGCUCACCACCAUAGCCAUAUACGAUCGUCUCUUCAUUCCUUUCGCCCGUAAAUUCACAGGUCUUGAACGCGGCAUAACUUUCUUGCACAGAAUGGGUAUCGGCUUCGUAAUCUCCAUCUUAGCCACUUUAGUUGCGGGUUUCGUUGAGAUUAAGAGAAAACAGGCAGCAAUGGCUAAUGGGUUAUUAGAUUCUCACAAAACUAUUCCUAUUUCUGUAUUUUGGCUUGCGCCACAAUACUGUCUGCAUGGAAUAGCAGAAGCCUUCAUGUCAAUUGGACAUUUAGAGUUCUUUUAUGAUCAAGCACCAGAAAGCAUGAGAAGCUCGGCUAUGGCGUUGUUUUGGACAGCGAUAUCCGCAGGGAAUUAUGUGAGUACGCUUUUGGUUACUUUAGUGCAUAAGUUUAGUGAAGGAGCUGAUGGGUCCAACUGGCUUCCUGAUAAUAAUAUAAACAAGGGUAAAUUAGAGUAUUUUUACUGGUUGAUCACUGGAAUGCAAGUGAUUAAUCUUGUUUACUACUUGGUUUGUGCAAAGAUGUAUACUUUUAAGCCUAUCCAGAUCCACAGUAAAGAUGAAGCUGAUGCUGAGACUAAAGAAGAUGGAGUAGUAGAACUUGCAAUCAAGGCUUAGUUUGUUUUAAUUAAUUGCAUAGCUAAUUAGCUAUAGCUUGUAGAGAAGUAGAGUAGAAGUUGAUACUUUUAAUAAAUUAAUUAAUAGUAUGUAAAAGAAAAGUUAAUGCAGAAACAAAUUAGCCCUUUCUAUGCUUA